CAUGGACAUCCUAAAGGUGCUAUAUUUGUAUUUAUAACGUGGCUCAAGGAGAUUUAAGGUGUAUACAUCUUGACAACAUAGUAUGACCCUAAAGACAUAAUGAAGUCUGUUAAAUCUAAUUCUCAUAGUAGUCUGCUUAUUCUUGUGUCACCUGUAACUUUAGUAGUGUUGUAUGUUCUGCAACACAUUUAUCAGUGUGCUAUAAACAAUUUUUGCCUUCAUCUAGCCAAAGCAUUGGACCAUGAAGUGUAAUGUCAUAUGAUGUUUAUUGAGUUUGCUGAAUAUUUUGUUUGAACUAAGGGUUGUUGAAUGUCAUGCUAAAUGCAGCUAACUAUACCCGUAAUAGCAGUUAUUUUGCAUAAAUUUAAGGUGACAUGCACGUGUUCCAUCAAAAUCAUCCAAGCGGUCAUGAUUUCCCUCCAUAAGUCAUUACCCUUUUGCAAAGCUGCAUAGCAGAGCUCCUAAAAUGUUUCAUAUAACAGCAACUAACAUAAUUAAACAUACAGUUUAAGCAUGUUUAUUUGAGAGCAAUUUGGCAAAACUAAAAUUUUGAAAGACCCACUUUGGAACUGAAGUACAUAACAGCAAGAUAAAUUUCCCUAUGAUGUAAGUGAUUUGGACAAACCAGAAAUGGUUUACUGUUUGCUAUUGACAAUUUUCAUGAAAUUUUAUUAGUAUAGCAUCCUCCCCAUGUGACCUGAUUGAUCAAGAGUUCUUUUAGACUGAUGAUAGAGUGUUGUGAUGAGAGAUUUCUGAUGCAGUAUUUGAGAUAUGAGUGUGUUAAAAAGCUUUGUUGUAAUGUGUUUACUGCUGCUGUUGGGUGUGGGUGUGUAUGGCUUAGAGGCACCUUGAUGCUGACUGUGCAGUAGUGUGAAGACCACAGCUCGCAUCCACCUCAGUGCAAGAAUUGUGAUUAUGGUUCAACUUGCCACCACACUUCAUAGGAGCCAUGUUGAUGUAGACAGCAGUGGCUGCCUUUAAGGAAGACUGCUAUCAACCCCUGGGGCAGAUGGAGAAUUUGGAGCACAUUGUCACAUCAGGGGCUACAGGGGUGACUCAUGUGGCUGCUGUUGGUACUGUGCAGGGUGUAGCUGGAGUGACGGGUGUCCAGACAUUGAACAAUGUCAGUGGUGUAAACACCGUUGGGUCUGUGGCAGGUGUUACUGGUGUUACUGGUUUGGCCUGGUAUAAUUACAGUCCUGAUGGUGUUGGUCAACUCAUCACCAGUGGACCAGCUGUCCAGGUAGAGCUGGGCAGCCCAGAUAUUGCACGCCAGUUUAAUCAGCAAGUUCAGGCUCAGUAUGGCAACUUACAGGUCCAAGUGCAGGCAGUCACUAAUCCAACACCAGUCACUAAGCCUCCACCUGCAUCCACACCUGACCCACUGAUGAUUGUGAAGCAGCCCAAGUCUCGGGUGCGUCAGAGUGGUGGAGAACGUGUGCCCUGUCCUGAAUGUGGCAAGACUGUGUCCUGCAAUGCCACCUUGCGGGAUCACCUCCGUACCCACACUGGCGAGAGGCCUUUCGUGUGUGGUGAGUGUGGCUUGGCAUUUGCACAGCGCUCCAACCUCCGGAUGCACAAGCGACUUCACACUGGUGAACGGCCAUACAUGUGUGGUAUAUGUGGGAAAACAUUUGCUAGAUCUUCACACUUACCUGCACAUAUGAGAACACAUACUGGCGAGAAGCCAUAUGUCUGUCAGGAGUGCAAUCAUGCCUUCAUUACUGCACAGCAGCUUAAAAAUCACUUCAGAGUGCACACUGGAGAAAAGCCAUGGAAGUGUGAUCUUUGUGCUGCUGCAUUUACACACUCAUCAUCACUCUCAACGCACAAGAAAAAGCACACAGGGCAGAAGCCUUUCCAAUGUGAGAAGUGUAGCAAGGCAUUCUUCUUUAGUUCAGCUCUGGACAAACACAUGAAAGUGCAUUCCAAGUCACGGCCAUUCAAGUGUGAUUCUUGUGACAAGGCAUUCAAAUACAAAGAAAGCUUGACUGUACACAAGGAAAAGUACUGUGGCAAAGAAGUUUCCAAGAAGCCGAGAGCACCACGGCGCCCGGAUGCCAAGAAGCCAGGCCCCAAACCAGGUAGUGGCAGAAAGUAUGUUCAGAAGAGGAAAGGACGACCCAGGGGACGACCUCGCAAGAGAGGCCGUGGUAAGAGGGGGAGGCCAAGGAAGUAUUUCAAGCAGGAAGAUUUUGAUGAAGAGGAGGAAGACAUUGACGGAGAGUUGGAACCAGAAGAAGUUCCUUUAGAUGAAAUCAGUGAAGAUCAGUCUGAAGAGAUAAUUCCAGAAGCCAUAAUUGACCCACUCAAAAUAGAGAAAAUAGUGGAGGAGACAGAGCUUCAACAUGAUUCUUUGGAGCAGCAUGCUGAUGAACUCCAACACCACCAGCUGCAGCAUGAACACCUGCAGCAUGCCACUCAUGAGAUCCACAUUGAAGACGCAACUGCGCUGACUAUUGUUUCUCCUGAAGAGGCAGAACAACAAGCAGCAGCAGCUGGGGGGGUUCAGCUGGUGACUCUUCAUCCUGAAGUCCCUAUUCAAAUAGUAUCCCAUGAUCCCCAGACACAAGUGACCCACCAGCUGAUAACUCGAGAUGGUGUGCAGAUGUGGUAUCCCAGGCAGUACCAGUGAGUGCAGAGAAUUUACUGGUAUGUUUCAAGGUCGGUAUCAUCUUUACUAUUUUGUGCUCAGUAAAGUUCAUGAGUUGUAUCAUAUUAAAAUGUAAGUGUACAAUUUUUUAUAAGAGAACUUAUGCUCCUAUCAUGUUUAAACUUGUAGUUUUAAUUAUAUUGUUUAUUUUAAAAGUACUGUAAUUCUCUACUUGUAAUUUGGUGCCUGUUAGAAAUUAAACUAUGAAAUAUACUUUUAAAACUAAAAUUAAUUGGUAGGCUUCUAAAAGUAAGCAUUCUUGUGCCAAUGGGUGUUCCUGAAAAUAUGAAAAUAUCACAAUAUCCCAUAAGUGCAAGUUAUUUGAUAACACUAUUUUCCUUAUUUUAAAGUAUGUUGUAAGUCAUUAAUAUGUUUUACUUUUAAUGAACUAAACUUCCAGUUGAAUAGAUCCUAUACUUUUGUAUUAAAUUAUAAGUUAAUUGAUUUAGAGAGGGUACUCUUCUUGUUUAUUACUGGUGCUCACACCUUGUAUUACUAUUAUUAUUAUUAUUAUUAUUAUUGGCUUGCAUGCACUAAUUGCUACUGUGGUGCUCAGUUGUACUGCCAUAACAAAGCUGGAGUGCAUUGUGUGGCAUGUGCUGUACAGGCAGUGGCAAGAUGGAAUGUCAGUGACACCUGAAGAUCAGCUGCCCACCAUUCCUGGCUCAUGACAGGUAUUGCAGCAGUAAUUAAACUGAAUGAAAUUAUUCUUUGUGCUGAUUAAAUUGCUCUUUAUGAGAGAGGAAUUCUUUCACACACAAGCGCGCACACACACACACACACACACACACACACACACACACACACACACACACACACACACACAAUGUGUAGCUCCUGUUCACCUAGCAGCAAAUAGGUAUGGGAUGUAACUCGAGGGGUUGUGGCCUCGCUUUCCCAGUGUGUGGAGUGUGUUGUGGUCUCAGUCCCACCUGAAGAUUGGUCUGUGAGCUCUGAACUUGCUCUGUAAUGGGGAAGGCUGGCUGGGUGACCAGCAGGUGAUGUUGGUGAACACACACACACACACAUGUCGAAAUUCAUUUCUUAUUUUAAAAAGGCAAAAUGUUGCACAACAUUCCUGGUAAAGAGAGCUCUUCAUGUCUUCAACAUCAUAAACCAUUCCAUGAUAGUUGAUUAUUUUUGUGGGGAUCAAAUGAAGCCAUAUCAGUACAGUGGAUGAAUGUGCCUGUUCUUCAUUCCAUUAUGUAACAUAGGAGGGUGUAAUUCUAUUCUUGAAUGAUGAGGUACAAGAAAUAAUAUCCCCACGUCACAUUAAGCGAACCUCAUAAGAUUUGAAAAUACUCUAUCACAUAUGAUUAUAUGAUGAAAUACUGAUAAGAAAGGGUUUUAACAAUAAUUGGCACAUGUGAUGCUAGAAGAUUCUCUUUUCUACCAGGAUUGGAAGUGCAACCAAGUGUUUAUUUCAUAAAAAUCAUAAAAUAUGCCAACUUACCAGAUGUUCUUUAAGGAACCAAAACACAAGUAAUCCUUUGGGAUAAUGUUGAAGUAUUUGCCAGAAAACUUAUUCCAUGUUACAAUACUUUUCACAAUACCUUUGGUUUGCAGUGAUAUUACUUACACCAUAUGAGAAUACAAGACAUUAUAAAACUUUCAUCUGCCUUGCCUUACCUUAAUUUUAUGUGGUAUUUAAAGAUACAUGUCAUUGACUGGCUGUUUAUGUGUGGAUCUGACCUGUGGAUUGUAAACUGAAUAUGGUUAUUGUAGUCAAGCCUUUAUUCAAAUGCUCAUAUAUGCAAUGUGUGUUAGACAGAUUGUGAUGAUAUAUGCAAGGAAAACAAUGGCUUUUGAAAAUACUUGAAGUUGUAUAAAAUGAAUUUUCAAGGAUAUCUAAAUUUCAUUCAGCACUAGAAUUAAAGAGAAAAAAAAAGUAGGUGGAACUAAAUGAAAUAUUGAAAAUGCAAGAGACAUGGCAAGAAAUCACGCUUUAAAGAUCAUGGCACUGAUGAAGAAAGGUUCUGACAUAAUAUGUAAAAAAAAAAAUGUAUAGAGCUUCAAAUGAUUGAUUAAGACACUUCAUGUUUAGAUUUGUCUUAGUUACUGCAGGAAAACCUAAUCCUGACCACUAAUUGAAAUUCUCAGGAUUGAUCAGUGUGAUUAAAAUUUUUUUAAACAAUUGUAAAAAAAAAAACAUUUCUCAUGCACCUAAUUUUUGGGGAACAAUUAAUACAUACUUUAUAUUGUAAUAUGUAUAAGUACUGUGUAUGUAUUAAUAUUGCCUGUGACAUUUACUUUAAUGCAAGAGAAAGUAUUACAGUAUUUCAUUUGAUAAGAUUCCAUUAUGAAUUUUUUAUUUAUUUAUUGGGUUUUUUUAGUUUAAACAAUUUCUGUCCCAGAGCAAAGAGCAACACAGGCUUGCUUGAAUCAGAUCACAUCCAGAUUUUUUUUUUUUUUUUUUUUUUUUUUUUUUACUUUGUGUGCAGAGUGCAAUCAUCCUUUAUUUUAUGUAGCAGUUAACUGCAGUGUAACUUAUGUGAAAAGUAUUUGCAGAGAAUUCCACUAUUUGCAUUAUUUUCUCAAAAGAUUUUUGCAGAAUCACAUGUUUUAAACCAGGCAAAAACAGAUAGGGCUCUUAGUAUGGUAGAGUACACACCACAGCCCUCAGAGAAAUAUUGUACCGUUGUACAUAUCCAACACAGCAGCAUGGCUGUAGGGAAGGGGAAAGAGAUAUAGGGGGAGGGAAUGUUAGUACCAAUGAUGGACAGUAUUAAGAUUAAACUGUUGCAUAACUAUGUAAAGUAUUUAGAAAAGGAAAUUAUGGACAGCUGCUGCUGCUUACAUUGUGUUUUCUUAUUUCUGAGGUUUACAUUAUUUCAUAUGAACUCAUUGGCAUGACAUUGACAUUAUAUUUACUUAAAACAUGAUGUGCACUCCUCAGAGGUUUACUGCUGGCUGGGCUGGAUUACUGACAGUCCAUUGUAUUAGAUCAUCACUGCUUUAAAGCAAUUUGUAUGAGAUGUGUUGUAGAUUAGUUGUUCUUCCUAUAUAAACUUUUAUAUUAUCACUUUUUUUUUUCAAAUAUACAUUCACAAUUAAAA